UAAAGCGUAACGAGUAAAGGGGGAGAAAAUCUGGAGAACGGACAAAUUCUCUAAUGAGUUCGGCAUACCGAAGAUAUGAAAUCGGCAGUAAUCUCCCUCCAACUUUUGUUCGCAAUCGCAUUAUUGGGUUACUAUGACGUAAACGGUGAUUCUCCAAUCGACGUCGAAUCGGAACCGGAUAUGGUACCACCAACACCGCCGACUGUUGCAACAACUCCUACACCACCCAAACCUCCAGCACCAUCAACUCUCAAAACUGCAGGAGAGCCCUCAACCACAACAGAAGUUUGCUCAGAUACGCCAUCCUUUUUCGAUUGCAUUUGUAUUGAGGCUGGACAUGCAUGGAAUGGAACAACCUGUGUUAACGAAGAAGAUGAAUAUGAAGAGCCUACAAACACAUCUGUAUGCACCAUGAAGUCACAAACUCCAGAAAUGAGAGAAGAAAUAGAUGGAAUUUUGAAACCCAUUGAUGCUAGGAAAAGCAAUGAUAAAUCAUGCGAUAUAAUUGAAUGGACGCCUCCUUUCACCGAACUGAAUGAAUAUUCGCUUUUUCUACAUAUAAUCGGCGAUGAUAGCAGCUUAACGGCAAAUUAUACUAAAAGUAGGAUGCCAGUGAUAGAAAUAUUUGGUAUACAUUUACGGAACAUCCAGCCUUCGACUUGUAUAAUACUUCAGAUGCACAAAUCAUCCUGCCUUAAUAUAAACGUCGACACAUGCUCGAAAGAAAUUUGGCUGUCGGACAUGGGUAAUAAUAUAUCGCCAAUCAAACUCAAAAAUUUCCGUAACAUGACAUUCCAAAUAAAAUACAGUUUCAUCAAGUGUCUGGAAGCAGCUUAUCCCGUGCCACCAUGUAACGAUUUUGUGCAAAAAAUAUAUAAAGAAAAAGAAACAACGGUGACCUCUCUUGCAAUCGUCCUCGUUAUUGUAACCUUCACUUUAGUGUGCUCGUUAUCGAAGCUACUUCAUGGAAAUAAAAAAAGUGUCGUGUUAGCCGAGGACGUCCAGCCGGCGGAUACGGAAGAUCUCGGUCACAUAUAUGGAUGGUGGUAGUCCGGUUACAACAUUGUAUUAUGUAGAUAUUAUAUCUGAAGUCAGUUAUAUUAAAUGCUUUAUUUGUUAGCUUUCUUACAUUUUUGUUUUCGUCAAUUUCGACAGUUUUUAUAUUCAAAAAUGGUUUGGGUCCAUUUUUCUGUGGAAUAUUUAUUUACGCUUUUACUUUGAAUGAAUCUUUUGAGAUAAGCCUAUAAUAUCACCCAGGUCUAUCUCAUAACGGUAUUGUAAUUUUUUCAAUAUUAUAAUUGGGUAAUUCGUGUAGAGCUUUGAAGCUGGGGAACUUUCACUCCUUACUCCGGAUCCAAACUCUGAGCAUUUUAAAAAGCAACUGCGCUCGGACUCAAGCUCAGAAAAUUUUUAUAAAAGAAACUCUUUUUCUUUGUUCAAAAUUUCUACCCAACGACUCCAAAAUGUCUGACACUGGAGAGUUUAAGAAUAUGACUCUGGCUCCGACUUUCCUAUUAAUGGAAACAUGCCAAACUGCGAUUACCGAACUCAAAUUUUGUGUAGAAGUUUGUCUAAAUUAUAAGACAUAUUACAAUCUUGAUGUUUUUGUUAAUAUAUGUUUCAUACAUUGUGACGUUAUACACAUUGAAUCGUUAUACCCAUUUCCGCUUUUUUUUUGCUCUCUCACAAUGUCCAGUCUAAUAUCAUGUAAUUUCCUUUUGUGCUAUUCUAUACGAAGCUUAUUCACGUCUCUCGCUUCGAACAAAGACGUAUAUAGGCAGAAAUUGACAUCUAACGAUAUGUGAAAAGCUGCUAUUAAUUGAAAGGAAAGCAUUGUUCACUCAACUUAUUACAUGGGUGAUCUGCAAUUCCAAGACAGUUUCAGCUAUUUCUUGAACCACUAGAUCAGGGUGGUCCAAACCCAGGCCCGCGGGCCACAUGUGGCCCGCCGCUUCAUUAUCUGUGACCCGCCGCGCAUUCGGAGAGUAAUCAAAAUAUGAUAUUUCAAAUUG